AUGGCAUUAUGGUUUUCGGAUGUAUCGAACGCAUGUCUUCGUCGACUUAAUUAUCCACCUCCGCAACCUUUGGAUAUUAGAGUUUCCGCUGCCGAUUCUGUAGUUAGCGUCAUUCUGGGAUUCGUUUUCCUCAUUCAAGGAUUAUUAAUGGAAUGGAUACCAGUCCCAUUACUCUCAACAGUCGCAUCCUUUGUGCACGUCUGCCUUCUGAAUUCUAUGUAUUGCUUCGAGUAUUUUUGGUCAUCUCGCAGCGUCAAAUUCAAAAGUCGCAUAAAUUCUAUUGAAUCACGCUGGACGUAUUUCGUCGGUUUCGGAACUCCAAUAUCUCUCGCCUCUUCGUUGUCUGGAAGUGUUGUAGUUAAUGGAUGCGUUUUUGCCAUGUUGUUUCCAUUCUUCAUCAUUAGCAGCUAUAAGGCUGACUGGAAGCGCGAUUAUCGCGGAGCGACAAUUCCGAAAAUUAGAAUAUUCCUUCCUUCUGUCAUUAUAACAGAUUUCUUUUCAAGACUAUUCAAGAGUCUAGUUCUGCCAUCUGACAAUGCCAUGCCAAAGAGUGAUUAG